AUGUCUGCUUUAGGCACCCAACCAGUGACCACCAGCAAUGUUGACAUAGAGGCCUCCAGCAUCGAGCCUAUUGCUCCACUGCAAAGUAACACUACCGUACCCCCCACACCGACUGCCUCACGCAUCUGGGCCUCACUCAUCAAGGAACAAGACAUGGCAAUGGUGCGAUUCAAUGGCCUCCUGCACCACAUCACCAACAACCUCCAGUCACUGGAUGGCACCAUUCAACCCCUCAUCUGGGAUGCCAACCCUACCACCUUCAUCAACGAUUUUGCCCAGGUCAUCAACCUUCUCACUACCACCUGCUAA